CCCCAGAGAGCCUGGCGAGGCACUUCGACCGCCCCUGCAGGUCAUAGCUCUUGUGCUAGGACAAGGGUUUUUUCCGGAGGCACCUCUUCUGAUUAGUUCUUCCUUAGGUUCCUCAAGCCACUUUCUUCCUGCCUGGGGCAGAUCUGGGGCAAGGGACCACAGCCUUGGGUGUACCUCCGUACAGAUCCAGGGUGCUACUAAAUGGCGAAAGAACGAACGCCGGGUCUGAACACCAUCUAUCCGACAUGUCAACCUUUAAUGGCAUCGUCAGGGAGUUUCCCACCAUCAGGAUCGACUAUUUCAGGACACAUCCUGAGAGGCCACCGCCAGAAGCGCUGUUUCUCAGUCAUGUCCACAGUGAUCAUCUGCUGGGACUGGAGUCGGUCAAGAUGCCAUUUGUAUAUUGUUCGGCUACAACCAAGCAGAUACUUCUCAAACUAGAAAAGUAUCCCUCGCGAAUCAAUUUUGCCAAAGGUAUCCUUGAAGCACGGAAGCUCCAUUAUCGCCACCUCAAGACAGUGUUGAGAACAUUGCCUCUCAAUGCUGCAACGCAAAUCCAACUGAACCCCAAGCGCACCAUCAAUGUCACUCUUCUUGAUGCCAAUCAUUGUCCAGGUGCAGUCAUGUUUCUUAUCGAAGGUGACGGCAAGGCCAUCCUCUACACGGGAGAUGUUCGCGCCGAACAUUGGUGGGUGAAUUCAGUCGUCCAGAAUCCUCUCGUUCUACCAUAUGUCUGUGGCUUGAAGAUCAUAGACACAAUAUAUCUAGACACUACCUUUGCGAGCCAUGACGAACCAUACAAGGACUUUCCCACAAAAGCAGAAGGUUUGAAAGAGCUGUUGGAAAAAGUCAGUCAGUGCCAUCCAGAUACAAUUUUUUAUUUCCGAGCGUGGACGCUCGGCUAUGAAAACGUCUGGAUCGCUCUCUCCAAUUUCCUACAAUCAAAAGUGCAUGUGGACAAAUAUCAACUCAGGAUACUGAGACCUGUUGAGGACCACGACGUCAAUGUAUAUUCUGAAGGUGCUGCACUAACAGGUUCGACAAUCGGAAAUCAGCAAGUAUCUGGAUGUCUCACGACCGACACACAGGUCAGACUACACAGCUGUGAGCCAGGCCUACCUUGCCAUGCCGAGUUAAGUAGGCGCAAAAAUGUGAAGUGGAUCACUCCAAUCAUUUCCCGGCUCAAGGACGGCACUGAAAUACUUGAAUUGGGCGCCGGAGGUGGCGGUGGUGAUCUCUAUCAGUCAAGAGAAUUGAGCCUUGGCGAUUCCGCAUCUUUAGAACAACUAGGGGCACUAUGUAUGCAACUGACUGAGGACGAGAAUGUCAAGGCCAAGAUUAUGGCGGAGGUAGAGCGUGGGAAAAGGUCAAGAGACUUCCACAUACAAAUUCGAGGACUCCCAAUACCCGACUCAAACGAGGCUCCGACGGUGCCACUGAAAGAUUUUGUUGCGAAGCUGGCUAAAUGCGAUCACUGGUCUGAUCCAACGGAUUUGAUCAAGGAGCAUGUUAGCUCUCGCAACAAGAAUGACACUGUUCAUUUCCCCUAUUCUCGUCAUUCAUCAUAUCAUGAGCUUCGCCACUUGGUAGGCAUGUUUCGACCUAAGGAUAUCUGUGCCUGCACUGUCGAUCUAGAGUUCUGGUCGGAUGAACUGAGUAUGGAGGCUCUUUUCGGGGAUCUAUGUUCUAGCAAAGAUUUCUUCUUCGACAAGAUUGUGAGGAGUACUCUCGAGAAAAAGGGAAAUGAUGCCAUAAGCAAUGGCGGCAAACGGAAACGAGCUUGUACAGAAGAUGUUCAAUCGCAGGAAACGCAAAUAUCUGAUGGUCUGAGUCUUGAAGAUGCCUUCGAGACAGCACAAGCGGAAACGGAAAUGGGACGGAAGAAAGAUGUCGUCUUGAACAGUACUGGGUCUACGACAACUGAUCUGCUGGACGACACGUUGGACAAGAUACGUUCUGCCUUUCUCAGGAUUAAUAAAGGCCAGACUCGAAUGGACCUCGAGGAUGAUCGCAUGGCUUCUUUGACCGCCUCUGAAUUCGAGCUUCCGCUUGACUCCUCUCCACAACUGUCCAAAAAGCAGAUUGAAGACGUUGUUCUUCAGGUUUUGUCUGAGGAAAGUGCUGGCCAGGAUACUGACCUCUCUACUGGGCUUGAGACGAGUAUUGAGGAAGUGUUAGGCGUUGAAUCAUCAGAACAUAAUGCUCUGAGAAGCCGUGCUCGCAUGGAGGCUUACAUGGCCGCCAGACGUUGCCUACAUGACAAUGAUAGUAGAGAAUGGGACGAUCUAUCUCUACGAAGUGUUGGACGUCAAGGGCACCAGGAAAGAGAAUUUGAACUAUAGUCACGGAUUGCACAUAUUUGCGUUUUGGAUAUCAUGGCUGGACGCGUUUCUGGUGCGUUUUUGAU